AUGCCCUCGAGUAAGACACUUGUUGGAAAACUGCCAUUGCCUAAUUGUGUCGAUGCUAUUGCUGAAAGCAUGAUGAGGGAACAGCAAUUUCAGUGCAGAGAGAUAUUCGGGAUUCUCCACAAGUUGGAGCAAAUGAAGAAGACAAUUUCGUCUGAAAUGGAAACUAGAGCAGGAUUUCAAGGGUCUUGCAAGAAAUGGAGGUCACAGUCCAGGAUAUGCCGAACGGAAGAAGUUACUACAAAAAGCCGAGUUAUGGCUGGGUAUGGUGACGGAGAUAGGGGCUACUCCACCUACAACACACCGAGCUCUGAUGAUAAUUGGAGCGAAACAAGCUAUGCUCCUGAUCAUGUGUGCCGGCCAGUCCUCAUUGAUGCUGAUGGGAGGAAAAGGCCUAUUAUUUCCUAUGGUGCUAAUCAGAAUCCAGAGCACUAUUUUACAAAAACUGAGACGAUUUUCCAACAGCAUGUUUCACCUCUGGAGUCUGAAUACAAGCAUGUUUCUCACUCGACAGAGGAUCCUUAUGGAGCUGAGAAUAAGUUCCGUAGGCCUCUGACUUCAGUUAAUGGCCGCCCGCCAAUUGUUGAGGAAUUCAUCACCAAAGUGCAAGCUGACGCUAGCCGAGCCAAGGCCGACCCGUGGGAUGCUUCACACCGGCGCCAGAGCCCUAAAUUCAAAGGCUAUGAUGGCUACACUGAUGGCUAUGAUGAACACAACGGUUUCCACAACCAACGCUUCCGAAAGUCCAAUGGUCGUGCACAUCGGAAUGACAAUUACGAUGAUUAUUACCGCAGACAAGGUAGCAACAUGGAACCAAACAUGAACACCGGUGGUGGAUGGGGGAGGCCAAGUCACUCAACAUGGGCAGCACCACCUAAUGCUUCCCUCUCUGGAGCAACAAAUGAUAUCGGUGCAGCUGCGGCUUUACUGAAAGAAGUUGCAAAACCUUCUGUCACUACUUCUCCACAAUACCGGUAUAGAGAACCAGCCUAUAAAGACGCCAUUGACAGCAAGGAAGCUGCAAGGCGAUAUGGCAACUUCAACUUUUCAUCCAGACCAUAUGCAAGAGAUGAUAGUUUCACACCAACCAUUGACAGCAGAGAGGCUGCAAGGAAAUACCGUGGCUCGGAAGUGUGA